CGAGUCAGGUGAACCUAAACUUUCUACUUGUGACCAAAGUGAAAGUUUUCCAUCAAUUUCCAAUUCAUGGGAAAACUAUUUCCCAUUCUGAAUAUUUCAACAAGUCAGUGAAGUGUCUACCUGUGCUCUCCAGGUCACUAGGAACAUUAGCAAUCAUACUAAGUCAUCAGAAGUGGACUCAAAUAAAUUGCUAUUGGAGUAACGACAAAAAGCGCAAAAAGGCACGUCAUAAAAGCUCAUGUUGGGUGCAAUAAAUUAACACGCAGGAGUCAAUUAUUUCUUACGGUUAUUAAAAAAAAAACACAAGCAAAAAUAGCACCUGUGUGUGGUGAAAAGCAAAAUAUUACUGUGAAAAGUGUACCUGAGAGUGCUAGAAAAGCACAAGUUCUAGCUUGAAGCAGCAAUUCUUGCGGUGUUGAGUAAAAUUGGGUGGUUUUGCUUAGCAGCUACCACCAUCAAAAUCAACUCCAGAGAUUUACAAGACUCAUAAAAAAAAGCAAAAAUGGGCUGUGCAAAUUCUUCACCACUAGCCAAUGGAGCUGAUAAUAUCAUGGGAACUGCCAAAAGUGCUGCUCAGGAUAUGAAACACACCGGCGAAGAAAUGUUAAAUGAUGUUAACAGUUCAAUUACCGGAACAGUGGAUUAUGUUAAGGACACAGUCGUGGGUGCAGUUCAGGGAAUGGGCCAGGAACUCGAGAGCGCCAUAAAGGGUGGCAAGGAUGAAAAGAAUGAGGAUGAUUUGAUGGUUGAAGAUCUUACAGAUAGCAAAUAUAUCCCACUGAAGGAGCCAAAUGGUUUGCUGGAAGACCACUUGGAGGAACGGAAGACGGAGAUGCUAAAGCGUGUUCAGAGUUUAUCGGAUGAAGCAGACAAAAUGGCAGAUGAGCUGAUCAAAGAAACGGAAGAUGUGAUAGUGGAUGGAGUUGAGGAUGUGACGAACAAAGUACAAAAUGGACUGGAGGGUGCUAAAGAGGCUGUGGAGAAUGCAAUGAAUGAGAUUGAAGAGGUGACGGACAAAACACCCGUACACUCAAUUGACAGCCUCAAGACCGGAACACCUGAACCCGAACUUGAGAGGAUACUCGAGUCCAAUGAAGACACCAAGUCACCCUCUCCAAAACCCACCCUCAUGCAACUAGAGGACUUGGAAGCGGAUCCACCGGCGCCAUCCGAGACAAAGAUACCAGAGUGAGUAAGGGAUUUAUCUCACAAAAACAAACCACACACAACCUCUAGUAAUGGCAAAUUCACUCCUCAACAAUCCCAACACCACUCUUUUCAACGAACAAUAGCAUCAGUAUCGAUUUGUAAUGAAGAAUCUAUAUAUUGAAUACAACAUUCUCCCCAAAA